AUGGCUGGUUGCGAUUUGGCCGGACUAACGCAGAUGCUGGGAGUGGUGGGUGGUUACAUGGGCUUCUGGAUGGAGUUGUCCACACUCAAGGUUCUCUGGCGACUUAUAAUGGUACUUCAGGGCUGCUUGGCAUCUGCCAAUGGCCGGCUAGGGCCCUUGGCUCGAGCCCGGGUGCGCUUCAUUUCGUGGCUCGUGCUCGUGGUGGUGGCUGGCGCGUGCACUUUGGUGUGCCUGGCUAGCUCGGUGUGGGAUGUUCGCAGCUACAUGCAGUACCGCACAACUGUGCAGUUCGAGCAACAGCCACUUUCGGGUAUUGCGUUCCCAGCUAUGACGGUCUGCAACGAAAACGGGUAA